AUGAAUAAGGAUUAAAUAAAUUCUUAAUCCAAUUUAGAAAUUUCUUAAAAUAAUAAAUUUUAAUCUUAGAUAAAUCAUUAAAUAAUUUAAAAUUCAAUAUAUUAAACUAUCAUUAAAUUAAAAAACAUAUUUUCAAAGAUCAAGAAUAAAAAAUCAUGUAAAAUUACAAAUCAAUCAUUUUUAUAAUGUUUUAAAAAAUAUGCAAAAUUAUAUUCAUAAGCCUAUGAUAAAAAAGAAUCAAGAUUGAAUUUUGUUAAUAUAUAAAAGAAAUUUACACCAUCGAGAAUUCUUUAGAGGAAUUUAUGA